CUCAAUUCUAUUUCGAAGAAGAAUCGGGUCGUACUGGCGCUCGGGCUUCGAAGGAAAGGUGUACAAAAUGCCUCUGUAUGGAGAGUAUGGAAGGUCUGCGCAUAUCCACUGGCAGCUCUUCGUGUUUUAGGAGCUUUAGAUCACUUGUGGAGGUGGCUGCAACCGGCGAAAAGUAGCAACCUUCUUAAGCGACUACGGUUCACACUGGACGUGAUUGGAGAAAAAGCCCUCAGGAGAAUAGAUUUCAGUUUGACCAAAUGGAAUUUACCAAACCCGACAUCUAGAUAUGAGAGUUUCUUGUGCGAAUUCGAUUUAUGUGAAGGAAUUGAGAUCCUGUGGCAAGAUAUGAAAGACAUGACAACUUGCUAUGACAGCUUGCUUUCAGCUUCAGCUGCCGCAACAACAAAUAUUGCUUACGAAUUUCCGGAGUCAUUGCUGGAAAUGGGCAAUUGUCUGUUGAAGAAAACUGCAAUGCAUGAUGAUGGAAAAAGUAGUAAGUGA